AUGUCUGGGUUGAGUGGUGUGCGACCGACGCAAUCCGCGGCAUUCGCCUCGACCUUACAUUCCGCCGACUCCGACCGCCGCUCCUCCACCACCACCACUUCUAACACCAACGACUAUCGUCUCCCUCUUCCUCCUCCGUCUUCUCAACUCUCUGACGAUCUCUCCUUUGACUCUCCCAUCUCGCCCGCCGAUUCCUCCCAGGCUCACGACGGCUUGCUCAACGACUCUCUGUUCCCCGAAUGGAAGUCGCCCAAAGAGAGCAACGACUGUCCCGAUGAGAUGCAAAGGAAUGAUCCCUUAGCCACUCAGAUAUGGAAGCUCUACUCUAGGACUAAGGCUCAGCUCCCCAACCAGGAGCGUAUGGAGAAUUUGACCUGGCGCAUGAUGGCAAUGAGUCUUAGACGCAAGGAACGGGAACGCAGUGAGAUUUCUAGCCUGUCGACGAGACACAGCAUUUCGGGCCCCAGUGGGAUCGCCCAGCUGCGUCUGUCCGAUCGCACCCCCAUCGCCUCACACCAACCCUCCACCACCGACCUGGCUUCGGAUCCCAUGAAUCUCGACGAUUUCAUUGUUCCCUUCGAAUCUCCUUCCGACCAUCCCUCCCCUGUGACCACCAAGGGCGAAACGGCGUCGGCUGCCAUUCCCAUCAAGUCAUCGCGCAAGGAACACCUGGUGGAGCCCACCCCCGUACCCGCCUCUUUCACCCAUCCUCCCCAAGACCAGCGGAAGAACAGCGAAUUCGGCUACGUCCCCCGUCGGGUGCGCAAAACGAGCAUCGACGAGCGUCAGUUCUUCGGUCUACAGGUGCCCACCCGCAAGCGACCCGCCGAAGCGUCCCCGCAAGUGCCACCCGUGUCGAACACGAUGCUGGCCCACCACGACCCCGACUUAGCGGGCGCUGUGCCGGACUACACACUGGAUGCGUCGUCGGCAUUUGGCUUGCAUCACGGCGGCCACCCGUCCGGCCAUCCCGCGAACCACACUUCUCCCAAUGUGCCAUUCGGGUUGGAUACGUUCAACCUGGGCGACGAUCCGAUCCUGACCUCGGCGGGACCCUACCAGACCAACUUUACGUUCUCGCCCAGCGACUCUCCCAUGACGUCAGGAAACCCGUUUGCCAACUUGUACGCCCAUACCCCAGUGGCUUCGUCCCUGAACUCGACCGAUUUCUUCUCUCCGCCUCCGUCGGGGUACCAGUCGACGGCCUCGACACCGCAGCCGGCGUAUGAUGGAGAGCACAAUCUGUAUUUUGACAUGCCAUUGAUCGAUGCGCGCACGCAACGGCGGGUUCCCAACUACGUCACGCAUCGAUCGUCGAAUCUGUCGGCUUCGUUGCAGCCACGUUACAUGUACAAUCAGAACCAGGACCAAUCGCACCAUGCCAGCAACCCCCCUUCGACGAUGCACUCGCCCGGAUAUCCCAUUCCUCAGCCGCAACACGUGGACCCGACCCAAGUUCUGGGCGAUUUCGGCACAGGGACGUCCCAUACAGCCAUGUUCAGCUUUGGGGCUGACUCGGACAACGAGGACGAUGACGUCAAUCAAUUCUCCGACCGCGCUGGAUUAUCCAUGCCCAACGAUCUGGCGGACGAGGCUGCUGACCUCAAUGCUGGGAUGCAGUGGGAUGCGCAAUUUCCGGGUUCAUUCCACUCUCUACCCGGCUUUGCGGCCCAGCAUCGCAAGCAUGUGACAAUCGGAUCGGCUGACAUGAUGGACACUCCGAGUGAGUGGAACCAAGGCGGCAGUCUGGGCCGCACGCACGGGUCGGUCGCCUCGGUCAGCGAGGUCCGCAAUCGGGAGCAGGAUCCCCGUCGGCAGAAGAUUGCGCGCACCACCUCCACCCCCAACACUUCGCAGCUACUGCGCCAGAGCAUGAACGCGAAUAACACCUCUCACACCUCACCCAAUACUCCGCCCGAGUCUGGCUUGAGCAGUGCCGUUCCCUCCCGUCCGGCCAGUCCCGGAGGCUCCAAAAAUGGCGAGAGCAGCGGACCGACCACUUGCACGAAUUGUUUUACUCAGACCACCCCCCUGUGGCGCCGCAACCCGGAAGGACAGCCGCUGUGCAACGCCUGUGGUUUAUUCCUGAAACUGCAUGGUGUAGUGCGGCCCCUGUCGCUUAAGACGGACGUGAUCAAGAAACGCAACCGCAGCAGUGCCAACAGCCUCGCGGUGGGUGCGUCGCGGUCGGCCAAGAAGUCUGCGCGCAAGAACUCGGUGCAACAGGCGAGUGUGACCACGCCCACCUCGAGCCGGGCUCAGAGUGGCACGACCUCGUCGGAAUCCCCGCCGGCUAUGUCCGGGGGUACGCCGUCCUCUAGCCGUGCUCAGGGCGUAGUACCUAUUGCGGCUGCGCCUCCCAAGUCCACCCCGUCGACAUCCUCGCCCGGCCAGGCUCGCACUUCGAUCCAGGUGGCGCCUAAACGUCAACGUCGGCUGGAAAAGGCCACGGACGCGGACCCCAUGGAUGAUGCGAACAAGGCGAGUCUCGCUUCGGCGGGUCGCUCGAAGGUGGUUCCAUUGGCCCCAGCCAUGCCCCCGGCUGCUGCGAACCCUGUCAAUCACAGUAUUGCGGGUGGUCAAGGAGCCAGCCAGGAAUGGGAAUGGUUGACGAUGAGUCUGUGA